UCAGAGCAAGCUGAGCAGACGUCUUGUGCAACAGCCUAAAUUCCGCAGCAGAUGAUGUCACCACAACUGUCCUAUAAAGGGAGCAAAGCUUCGGUGCAUCUAAGCAACCCAUCUGCACCAAUACCCAGGACAACUGGAAUGGCUGUCUCAGUUCUCCGACUGACGGUUGCCUUGGGACUGUGCGCCCUAAUCCUGACAUGCCAGGCAGAUGACAAACCAAAGGAAGAUGAAAACCCAGAUGAGAAGUCAGAUAACAAGCCGGCUGACUUCAGUAAAAACCCAGAGCCUGAGUUCCCCAAAUUCCUAAGCCUCCUGGGUUCAGAGAUCAUAGAGAAUGCUGUGGACUUCAUCCUUCGCUCCAUGUCCAGAGGAUCUUUUAUGGAACUUGACGAGGACCCUGGGCAGCCACCUUCAAAAGUGAACUCCUAAGGUGAUUCUAACUCAUGCUUUACAGGGCACACCCACCUGGCAGCUGGACAAAGAAAGGGCAGCCAGAUCCUGAACAUCCAGUUCUGUUUCACAAGUCGUCCAGAACCAAAGACCUCAAGGCAGCUCCCAGCAAGUCCCUGAGAAUCGAGCCCCAGUUCCAGCCAAAUACAAUUCAUUUGAGCUCCUUGACUUUGCAUUUGUCUUUCGUCAAAGUCAGAAAAAGUAUUUUCUUAGAGUUAUAAAAUUACAUACCUGCCUUCAGAGAUUUCUGUUGUUCCUGGCAAUUUUCCAUGAUUUGUUUAAUUUUGCAAUGAGGUAAAAAAAAAUGAGAUUACAUAUUACAUAUACAUAUAAUAUGUAUAUAAGCUAUCUCAAGGUUUCUUUAUAUAUACAAUACUUGCAAGCUAACAGAUUCUAAAAGAUAACACAUUUAAAAUUAAAAAGGCAGAAUAUAGUUGAAAGAUAAUGUAAUUCUUAGUCCAAAAACUAAGUUCUUCAUUUAAAGAUAUAUGAAGAAGUUUCAAUAAUUUACACAUUUGUUUAAGUUUUCUAUUCAAACCGUCUUGCACCUCAUGUCCUGCGUUAGUAAACUGAACAUUAAACUUCUUUUCAU